AACUAUUCUGAUCCUAGUAUAUUUAGUCAACAUAAAUUACUGUAGGUCAUCAUUAAUAUGACAUUUAUAUGACCCUCGUACUCGUUAGAUUCAUGUAAAAUUAGAUGAUUAUCUGCCCUUAGGCCUGAAGGUGUGAUGACCAAGAUCACAAAAUUAUAUACAAAUCAGUUAAACUAAUUGACAAAUUAUGUUGUUCUAAUUGAAUGUGUGUUGCAGUUAAGGAAUUGAUAUAGUAAGAUAUAAGUUUUGAAGGAAAAUACACUAUGAACCCUACAAUAGAAUGGAGGAAGAGUUGACCUGUCCAGUAUGUUUAGAACUAUAUGCUGACCCUUUAAUGUUACCAUGUUCUCACAGUCUCUGUAAGAAAUGUUUAGAAGAUAUUAUACAAUCCAGAGUCAAAUCAGGACAGGAAGGAUUAGAUUGUCCCUCAUGUCGGAAAAAACAUCAGGUGUCUAAAGAACAACUAACCAACUUGCCUAAAAAUCUUGCCCUGGAAAAUAUUGUGUUCCGUUUCCAAGAAAUCCAAAGUGCUAGUCUAUCACAGUUUAAGAGCAACAGUCUAUCACUGAACUCGUCCCUAGGGAGUCAAUCAUCAGAUAGGGAUAGCCCUGUAUUCACCGAGGAUGUUAAUGAACUCUGUGGUCUGUGCGACGGAAAAUCUCCAAACAAAGCCACAUGGUUCUGUGAACAGUGCUCUGUCUUAUAUUGUGAGAGAUGUUUAGAAAAAUUCCAUCCUCGCCGAGGAACUUUAUGUCACCAUCGUAUACGUAAACCAAGUCACAUGGAAGGUGAAUCUAAGCCAGCAUUCUGUGAAGAUCAUACUACAGAGCAAGCCACUGUGUUCUGUGAUCAAUGUAAAGUCUUAGUGUGUCAUUUAUGUUUAUGUGAUGGUCUGGGGAAACAUACUGGGCACAAGGUUUUGGCUAGAGAGUCUGCAUGUCAGCAGGUCAAGGAGACAGUUGAGUCAACAAAGAAGUCUUUAGAAACAAUGUCUUCUGUAGUCCAGGAACAAAGUCAGAAAAUGGAAGAUUUAAGUGAAGAAUUAGAGGAUGUUCAUCGCCAAGCAUGUCAGAAAGUAGAGAAUCAGUACCGCAGGUUAUUAGAGGACACGACCUCUGCUUUACGUCAACAGAAACAGGCUCUCAUCCAAUCACUGACCUCUGCCAAAUCAAAAUCUGUAUCUCAGCUGCACAAUCAUCUGGACGUUAACAGUAAAACCUCUAAACAAGUAGAAGAUCUGUUGGAGUCUUGUAAGAAGAUUCUAGAUGAAGAUCAUACGAAAGGUUUACUUAGUCGAGCAACUGAAAUACCUCCAUUAACAGAACAAACUCAGGAGAUUGAAGAUUGUUUACAGAAAUCCAGGACACAUUAUUGUGAACUAGUUCGGAGCUGUUCCAUUCAACAAGAUUUAAAAAGGGCUGUGACAAAGUUUAGAAGUGCUUCAAUGUCUUGUCUACAGACAAUGGCUACUGAUGAACCUGGUAAAUGUCAAAGCAUAAUACCUCUCAUUAAGUCCCCGUCGUCUGCUGGGAAGGAGGCCCCUCGUGUACAGAACAAAUGUUUGACAACCUGGGGAUUUAAUUCUACAAGCUUUACGGCAGAAUCUCUGGACUCUAACUCACUCUGGUCUGUGACUAUAGAGAAGAACUCAAGUCAUGUGGGAGAUACCAAAUCUGGAUAUUUGUUUGGAGUAGGGAUAGCAUCUAAUCAAUUAGGGAACAAAGAACUUGUUGGAAUGAAUGGGAAAUCUUAUGGAAUAGCUUGCUCCAAUGGGAAUCUUGUUUACUGCCACAAUAGCAAGAUAGAACAGUUGAUGCCAUUGGACGGAUUACCAUUGUCAAUCACAGUCUGUGUUACAAAUGACCAAUCAGAAAGUGUGAUACUAUCAUUUACAAUUACAAACUCUAGUUGGGGUGAUACCCUCAGUUGUAAGAAAGUGUUAAUGGAUUUUAUACAUGGAGACCCUAUAUAUCCUGUAUUUACAGUCAGUCAGAGAGUUAAAAUGCAAUUCCCAACCCAUGUGUAAUAAUGACAAUGAAUUACCUAUUCUCUAUGGCAUACAGAUCAUUAUGUUAAUGAUGUUGCAAUCGAAGAUAAUAGGAAAGGAUUGUGGUUUUGACAAUUAGAACAUAUCAUAUUUGCCAUGUGUAUCUUGAUUUUGUAAAGUUCAGUACAGAAAAAAACAAGUAGUAUUUCACGACUGUUGUCUUACAUAAAACAACAUUGAUAAAAAAUCCAGCCUUAUUUUCCUGGAAUGCAUAUCACUGUCAUAAAAAGCAAUCAGAUUUGUAUUUUACUCUUAGUUUUCAUGUCUUGAGUCUGAAAAUGCUGCAAUUUUUCAUAUACUGUAAGUUUUCAAAUGAUUGAUAUUGAAAUAAUGACAAUCUUAUGAAUGAACAUCUGAUUUUUUUUUCUCAUUUCACUUUACAAUGUUUUAGAUGAUGUUAAUUUCAUCAAAAUAAGACCACAUGUAUAUGGUAUAUGAUUUGCCCUUGUCAUCUGUAACAGGGGAACGAAAAAUUAGUGUAUUUCAAAAUAAGGAAUAAAAUAAUUGGAUUAUUUAAAAAUUUCAAUAAAGCCUUAUGAUUUACAUGCACAUUUUACCAUGCUAUUUAUUAAAGUUUUAGAUAUGAUAUAAUAAGAUGUAUUAGGAUUUAGAUGAAGGUUAAGUGAAGGUAUUUUAACUUCAAAACUCCUAAAGAAUAAAAAGUGCAAUUGAUCAAACCUAAUCAUAAUUAUAGGGCAAUAUUUAUUUACUUUUGUAUGUUUUUAUGAACCAUCAAUAUACUAGAGAACGUCAUCAUUCAUAUCACAGUUUUAAGGAUGUAUCUAGUCCAUAUAAUAUGUCCUUUCUCAUGGUUACAUCGUUUUAAACAUAAUAUUGUUUUGGGUUCACGGUUUAAGUGUCUUUUUGGUGUGCCCCUAAACUUUCUAAAGUGUGUGACCACAUGUACAUUAACUAACAUUCCUUGUUCUGUUGAACAUGAUAUGAUUUGGUGUGUACAAAUGUUUUUAUGAGUGUCUGACUUGCUGGAAAAUGAUCAUCUUAGAUUGAUAUUUGCAACUUCAAAACUUAUAUUAAGAUGAUCUUAUGUCUAAGUUUAGUUCUGCAAUAUUUUGUGUCUCUAUUUAAAAUGAUUUAAGGCUGCAAUUGAGCUUAUUUCCAGACAUAUAUAGGUCAAAAUGUACACAAAAAUUCAUGCAAGUUAAUUGAUUAUAUGGUAAUUUCUCCGAUACUUUGUAACCAUCAUGAUAAGCUUUAUUUUGGUUUGUAAAGAAACAGAUUGGUUUUCCCUCAAUUAUUUUUUAAUGACUUUUGAACAGUUGUAUACUUUAGCUACCUUUAUUUCUAAUAUAAUAAGCCUGCUGGUAUGUAAUAGUAUAUUUCAGAAAUCUGGAUGAUUUUUUUUUCAAAUUGAAUAACACAUAUAAGCAAGUGAUAAAGUGAUAUAUUCUCCUUGGAGCCUCUUGUGCUUAUGCUCCAGUUGUCAGCAUUAUUUCUUAACAAUUACAAUCAGUCAAAUUAUUUUGGAAAUUUUAAUUUGUUUUCCUAUAUUUGUUACUUCUUUUUUGUCUCCCCUGAUGCAGAGAAACAUAGGAAUGCUUGUUAAUUAAUGUCCUUGUUAACUUUUUGUAUAACAUUUGACAUUUCUGAAGGUAGGAGAGUUGCAUAAUCCUUAUCUGGUAUACAGAUUUCUUUUUGAUCUGAAGAUUCUUACUUUUUAUAUGACCGCAAAUGUUAGGCAUUUCCUUUUGACAGGAGUCAUAAAUUAUUAAUCAGCCUUACAUUUUCAUGAUAAUGUCUUUCACAGAUCCUAUAAAUACCUUGUAUGCAAGGUCCACUAUAUUUAGUGAACAGAAUAAUUGGAAGGGUUUAUUUGACCUUGACCUAAUUCUCUCAAUGUUAAUUUUUCAUGUUUCAGUUUCUUAGAUACUAUAAAUAUGUGGACUUUGAAUAAUUGUAAGAUCACAUGUAUCAUGUCCCAU